AUGCUACAGUUCGAUGAGGGUGUGAACAUCUGCACCAAUGAAGGUGUGAACAUCUGCACCAAUAAGGGUGUGAACAUCUGCAACAAUGAGGUUGUGAACAUCUACACCAAUGAGGGUGUGAAUAUCUGCACCAAUGAGGAUGUUAAUGUCUGCACCAAUGAGGGUGUGAAUAUCUGCACCAGUGAGGAUGUUAAUGUCUGCACCAAUGAGGGUGUGAAUAUCCGCACCAAUGAGGGUGUGAACAUCUGCACCAAUGAGGGUGUGAAUAUCUGCAACAAUGAGGAUGUGAACAUCUGCACCAAUGAGGGUGUGAAUAUCUGCACCAAUGAGGAUGUUAAUGUCUGCACCAAUGAGGGUGUGAAUAUCCGCACCAAUGAGGGUGUGAAUAUCCGCACCAAUGAGGGUGUGAAUAUCUGCGCCAGUGAGGAUGUUAAUGUCUGCACCAAUGAGGGUGUGAAUAUCUGCACCAAUGAGGAUGUGAAUAUCUGCACCAAUGAGGAUGUUAAUGUCUGCACCAAUGAGGGUGUGAAUAUCUGCACCAAUGAGGGUGUGAAUAUCUGCACCAAUGAGGAUGUUAAUGUCUGCACCAAUGAGGGUGUGAAUAUCUGCACCAAUGAGGAUGUGAACAUCUGCAUCAAUGAGGGUGUGAAUAUCUGCAACAAUGAGAAUGUGAAUAUCUUCACCUAA